AUGUUUGUCCGAAUUGAAAAAGAAUUGGUUGUGAAAACCGAUCAGACGUACGCUGAAACAAAGAUUUGGGACAUGAAAAAAGCGGUCAGCGAGGCAAAACAAAACGGAUUAAAGAUGAUGUUUGCUGUCGGUGGUUACCAAGCAGACUCAGAAUUCCGACAGAUAACUUCGCUGACAGCAAGUAAAGAAACCAGAACAAAAUUCUUGAACUCCAUCAUCGCUGUUAUCGAUCAUUAUGAGAUCGAUGGAAUUGAAAUUUCCUGGAUGUGGCCUCCAUAUAUCUCCAGAGUUCCCUACUUCAUGUUGAUCCGAGAUAUCCGGGAACAUCUUGAAAAGCAUAGAAUAGUCAAAGGUAGAGCAGAUGACUAUGUGCUGAGCAUCACUGCUCCCAGAAAUAUUUCCGAUUUGAAUAGUUACUAUUUCAAUGAAAUUCUGAAAUAUGUGGAUUUCGUGAAUGUGCUUACUGAUGAAUACCAGUAUAGUAAUAAGCUAAUAGGUCCGAUAUCGCCUUUAUUAGGAAAUCCGGAACUCAGCUUGGAUGCAACAAUGAAGUAUUUGGUGUGUCAAACGAAACGACCGAGUAAAUUUAAUUUGGUGGUACCGCUAUUCGGACUGUUCUGGACUAAUGUAACAUACUCUUUGAAUGAAGCGUUUCCCGCACCUAAACUAGAUGCUCAAGGUCCGUACGAGAUGGCUUGGAGGCUGUGGAAACGGGAGCCAUGGUCGAGUUUCUCAGUAUCAUGGGUGAGAAAUCAAGGCUACCUUUCGUUUGGGAAUCAAGUUCACGGAUGUUCGCAACUUUUGAAAAUGAGAGAAGCUUUCGGGAGAAGUCUAUUUAUGUAA